AUGUCUGCCGAGAACGAUAACAAGCCGGUCGAGGAGGUGAAGGCGCCCGAGGUUAAGGGUGAGGAGACACAGGAGACAAAGCCCGUUACCUCUUCUUCCGUUUUCUCCAUGUUUGGCGGCGGCGCCAAGAAGGAAAAGAAGGACGACGAUGAGGACCGCGGUGAUAACUCUGGCAGCGCCAAGGCUCAGCGCGAGGCUGCCGCUGCUGCCGCCGCCGCUUCAAAGGAGGGUGGCGAGGAGGAGCAAGCCCCUGAGUCCGAGGAUGUCCACUUCGAGCCCGUCAUCCACCUCACGGAGAAGGUCGAGACCAAGACCAAUGAGGAGAUGGAGGAGCAGGUCUUCAAGAUGCGCGCCAAGCUCUUCAAGUACGUGUCCGACACCCGCGAGUGGAAGGAGCGCGGUACCGGCGAUGUGCGCCUGCUCAAGCAUCGCGACAACGGCAAGACUCGCCUGGUCAUGCGCCGUGACAAGACCCUCAAGGUUUGCGCCAACCACUAUGUCGUCCCCGAGAUGAAGCUCUCCCCCAACGUGGGCUCCGACCGGAGUUGGGUGUGGAACGUCGUUGCCGAUGUGAGCGAGGGCGAGCCCGAGGCUCUCACCCUGGCCAUCCGGUUCGCCAACUCGGACAACGCCAACCAGUUCAAGGACGCCUUCAUCAAGGCCCAGAAGGAGAACGAGACCCUUUUCAAGAAGGCCGAGGAACAGGCCAACAAGCCGGCCGUCAAUGAGGGCUUCCCGAUGAAGGAGUGGACCGUCGAGGUCUACAUCCUUGAUCAGGAUGGCAAAGAAAAACCUGCUCGCUGCUUCACCAAGGCCGUGUACCACCUACACCCUUCGUUCGCCAACCCCGUCCAGACGUUCAUGGACCCCCCGUUCAAGUGCACCAACGAGGGCUGGGGUGAAUUCGAGAUGAGCAUCGAUUUGUUCACUACCGAGAAGGGCGGCAAGCAGACCGUCAUCCACGACCUCAACUUUGCCGCCGCUCAGUACGACAACGUGCACACGGUGACCUUCCGGAACCCGUCGCAGGCUCUCCAACAGAUCCUCCGCGAGACGGGCCCGCUACCCUCGGACGAGGAGCGCAAGAUCAAGAAGGCCGACGGCGGCAAGAAGAAGAAGACGUUCGACGUCGAGAAGAUGGCCGACGGCUUGAUCAAGCUCGGGGAGGAUGAUCUCCUGCAAGUCAUCCAGCUCAUCCACGACCACAAGGAUGACAGCACCUACGUGCAGAACAACAUCGACGCGGGUGAAUUCUCGGUGGACCUGUAUACCCUGCCGGAUUCCCUUCUCAAGAUGCUCUGGGACUUGCUGCUCAAGCAGGGCGUUGUCGUUGCUUAA